AUGGAAUCUACUCUUUCCCGUAUAAAUAUUUUGGUGUGUACUUUUGUAGCAGCUUUAGCAACCUGCGCAGCAGGAAAUUUUGUAACAUCUUUAUUUUAUAAACCAAACCCUUCUGGGGUUGUUGAAUUCCACUCAGUUUUGGACAUAGGAAUAAGCCCAUAUUUAAGAAAUGACCAAGCUAAUAUAGCAUUUAAUAUGAAGAUAUCUCUAAAAGAUAUUUUUCAAUGGAAUACUAAUCAACUAUUUGUGUAUGUAUAUGCCACAUAUCAAAAUCAGGAUACACCUAUUAACAAUGUAAUUAUAUGGGAUCAUAUUAUUUCAAAUCCUAAAUUAGAUGCUAAUUCUGAUUUAAUUGGUAUAAUUAAUGAGUAUCCAAUUCGUGAUAUAGGACGUCAUUUGAGGAAUCAAAAAUUCAAGUUGAAUAUUGCUUAUUGUUACAUGCCUAUUGUUGGAUUUAUACAUUAUAAGCAACUUGGCACCUCUAAAAUGGCCAAAUUACCAAGUCAUUAUUUUCAAUACAAUCAAAAAAUUUCCAAAAUGUAA